UCUUAAAUGGUUGAGCUUCGACAAAAUAGCUCAUAUGUUUAGAGAAUCAUUAAAAGGGCUAAAUCCUAUCUCGGAGAUCAAGAAAAGAUUCUGAAGAGAGCUUAAAACUGGAGUGCAAGAUUUAUGAACUCACCAGUCAAUUAACAACAAAACAAGAGCUUUAGAAAGAACUUAAUUAAAAACCUUUAAAAAAGCUGUUAAAGCAUUGGUCAUUGUAAAAGAAAGAAAUUGUAGGAUUAAAUGACUAAUAUGC